UUCAGACCCCACUCAGGCAGCCAUGAGAGGGAAACUGUGGAUACUGCCACUCGCAUAUCUUCUGUCCUCCUCCGAGGGCUCCUUCGACUCCUGCGAGUUUAUGCUGGAAAACGAAAUUCCCUUCACACUGGCCUGCAAGGCCGAGUACAGCACCGACCUCAAGCUGAACUACCGAGACAUUUGGGUCAAGGCCGACGUGCCCUACUUUCUUUGGUGGAGGCGACAGCCGAGUCUGGAGCUGCUGGUCUCCUUCUACGAGUCCCCCAUAUCCCCGUGCAAGAACGUCAGCCUGAGCCUCAACUGUCUUCACUGCUCAGACACCGAGGAGCCCGGCAUCCACAUCCGACCCGAGGGCUUCCACUGCUUCGAGUUCUCGUUCUCCUAUGUGCGGGCGCUGAUGAAGCACUGUGGCUUGUCCCCCAAGCAUAGGAUCGAUCGCGUGGCCAUCCACUACGCGAGGCGGGUCCCCAACCGGGACAUCCCUUCCGGGGCCAACCGACCUCGUCCUUGGACCCUCGGCAGGCAUCGAUGGUAAGAGGCG